UUUCUGAAUUUCAGUAAAAAAUCAAUUUGUAUUUUGUCGGCAAAAUUUUAAUUUAGAGUGUAGAUGUGACGACAGGCCUAAGUGAUUUCAAUUAACACUUUACAAUUAUUCGUGAAGUUAAAAUGGUUAAGAUAUUAUUUCUCCACCCGGAUUUAGGCAUUGGUGGGGCCGAGCGAUUAGUGUUAGAUGCCGCAUUGGCCUUCAGAAGCAAAGGCCACGAAGUCGCUUUUUACACAAAUCAUCAUGAUCCUACGCAUUGCUUUGCCGAAACCAAAGAUGGCACUUUUCCCGUGACUGUAAUUGGCGAUUGGAUUCCACGUUCUAUAUUCGGUAGAUUCAAAGCAGCGUGCGCUUACGCUCGUAUGAUGUUCGCCGCUGCCUAUUUAGCUUGGCAUGUCAUUCCAGCAGAAGAGCCGACGAUAAUUUUCUGUGAUCUAAUAUCAUUAUGCAUUCCAUUUUUAAAAUUAGCCAGAGGACCUUUUAGAGUAGUAUUUUACUGUCAUCAUCCGGAUAAACUUCUUACCACUGAAGGCGGUUUACUGAAAAAAGUGUAUAGAGCUCCAUUAAAUUGGUUAGAAGAAUUUACUACAGCUCGUGCAGAUAAAGUUUUGGUGAACAGUAAAUACACAGCCAGAGUAUACCAAGAUGCAUUUCAAAAAAUCAAAGAUGUCCCUGAUAUAUGCUAUCCGUCAAUAAAUACAGCAUUCUUUAAGAGAACUGUACCAAAAUGCUUGAAGGAGAUUGUACCUGUGGGAAGUGACAAGUUCACUUUCCUCUCAAUAAACAGAUAUGAAAGAAAAAAGAAUUUAAAGUUAGCUUUACAAUCAUUAGCGGAAUUAAAACAUAUUAUUGAUGACUCAGACUGGGAUAGAGUUCAUUUAAUAAUGGCUGGUGGUUUUGAUCCUAUUAAUUUGGAAAAUAUAGAACAUUUUAUGGAACUUACUGACCUAGCAGCAGAACUUGACCUAGUGGACAAAGUAACAUUCAUGAAAUCUCCUAAAGAUGUAGAAAAAGUAUCUCUCUUAUAUAAUUGUAAGGCAUUAAUAUACACACCCUCUAAUGAACAUUUUGGAAUAGUGCCUUUAGAAGCAAUGUAUUAUAGUAAGCCAGUUAUUGCUGUGAAUAGUGGAGGCCCGACAGAGACUAUUGUUAAUGAUGUUACAGGAUUCCUUUGCGAACCAAACUGUCAGUCAUUUGCUGAUGCCAUGAGCAUGUUAAUAGUGAAUCCAGAAUUAUGUGAAAGACUUGGUGAAGCAGGAAGGAAAAGGUUUGAAACUAAAUUCUCUUUUGAAGCUUUCACAAAUCAGCUGGAUGGAAUAUUAACGAGAGAAAGGCAGCUCAUCUCCGAGGCGAGAGCCAAUGAAUAUGAAAGAAAGCAUAAAUAACAUGAUGCCGACACUCCAACAAUAUUUGACAUUGUUUGAGUGUUGAAUUCAAUUUGAUCUCCUGUGAUGACAGUUACUAA